GCCCUCCGCUUUCCUGACGUUCAUUUCAUUCCUGUCCUCAUUCCGCGCAUUCCGAGCAUCGCUCGCACUCACACUCCCACUCACUCUCAGCCAGCCGGGGCCCAGCGGCGCCAGGGGCCCGUCCCGCCGCUCCUCUCCGAGUGGAAAAGAGUCCGGAGUCAGCAGAAUCCCCGGCGACGACUUGGAGCAAAUCCGACAGGAUUCCGCCCGGAACACCCCCCUCCCGGUUUCCUUCUGUACCGUGUCCAGGCCUCGGCUUGGAGUUCCCAACCGCAACCAUUGAGCCCGGCAACUGGAGCGGCAGCGAAAGUCCUGCCGAAGACAUCGAAAGAAUGAGCGACUCGGCGGAUAAACCCAUGGAUAACGACGCGGAAGGCGUCUGGAGCCCGGACAUCGAGCAGAGCUUUCAGGAGGCGCUCGCCAUCUACCCCCCGUGCGGGAGGAGAAAAAUCAUCCUGUCCGACGAGGGCAAAAUGUAUGGUAGGAACGAACUGAUCGCCAGAUACAUCAAACUCCGAACGGGGAAGACGCGGACCAGGAAGCAGGUGUCUAGUCACAUACAGGUCUUAGCAAGAAAGAAAGUUCGAGAAAUCCAAGCCGCCAUUAAGGUGUCUAGCCACAUUCAGGUUCUUGCCAGAAGAAAAUCUCGCGAUUUUCAUUCGAAGCUGAAGGUGACAAACAUGGAUCAAACGGCCAAGGACAAGGCUCUGCAGCACAUGGCAGCGAUGUCGUCGGCCCAGAUCGUGUCCGCCACGGCCAUGCACAGCAAACUGGGCCUCCCGGGGAUCCCACGGCCGGCCUUUCCCGCUGCCCCAGGGUACUGGUCGGGAAUGAUUCAGCCGGUGCAGCCGGGAUCUUCACAGGACGUAAAGCCGUUUGUGCAGCAAGGUUACCCCAUACAGUCAGCGGUGACGGCGCCCAUUACAGGUUUCGAGCCGUCGGCCGCUCCGGCCUCCUCCGUUCCCGCCUGGCAGGGCCGCUCCAUCGGGACCACCAAACUGCGGCUGGUAGAGUUCUCUGCGUUCCUAGAGCAGCAGCGGGAUCCGGACGCGUAUAACAAGCACCUGUUUGUCCACAUCGGUCAGGCCAACCACUCGUACAGCGACCCGCUGCUGGAAUCCGUAGACAUUCGCCAGAUUUACGAUAAAUUCCCCGAAAAGAAGGGGGGGUUGAAGGAGCUCUUCGGGAAGGGCCCCCAGAACGCCUUCUUCUUAGUAAAGUUUUGGGCGGAUUUAAAUUGCAAUAUCCAGGACGACGCGGGCGCGUUCUACGGCGUCACCAGUCAGUACGAGAGCUCGGAGAACAUGACCAUCACCUGCUCCACCAAAGUCUGCUCGUUCGGGAAACAGGUCGUCGAGAAAGUAGAGACAGAAUACGCGCGGUUCGAGAACGGGAGGUUUGUGUACCGGAUAAACCGCUCCCCCAUGUGUGAAUACAUGAUCAACUUCAUCCACAAACUCAAACACCUGCCCGAGAAGUACAUGAUGAACAGCGUGCUGGAGAACUUCACCAUAUUACUGGUGGUAACGAAUCGGGACACGCAGGAGACGCUGCUCUGCAUGGCGUGCGUAUUCGAGGUGUCCAACAGCGAGCACGGAGCACAGCAUCACAUCUAUCGGCUCGUCAAGGAAUGAACGAACCUGCGCGACUCGCACGCGUUCCACGUCGACACACUAAAAACUUCACAAAGGAACAGACUUUAAACCUCAACACUAAGGUGGCAGCUCCUGGGCCCCGCCAGCCAGCAUUUCUCUGCUUAUUUCAGUGAAGUCAUUUUUAAUAUGUUUAUAAAUUAAUUGUAGCUGUGAAACAUUACAGGAAAGGUUUUAUUUCUAAAAAAAAAUAGAAAAAAAAUGUAUAUAUAUAAAAAAAAAACAGGAGAACUCCCCUGGGGCAGCGAGCUGUGCUUUGCAGCGCAAACACAGAGCUAAAUCACCCAGCACUGACAUGGUUAAUGGGUAGUGAGACUUAAUGCCGCAUUUUGAAUUGAAUAGCGAGCCAUUUAGCGGUUUUGGUGCAGAAUUGCGCAACAUUCAGACCAGACGGACAGCCCGUGCAAUAGCCCCCUCCCGGAAACCACGCUUUUUACAUUAUCGGGCGGGUGAGGUGGGAGACACUACAGCUGGCUUCUGCAUGGGUGGGUUUGUUUAGUAUUAAGACCCGCCCACGAGGAGUCUCUUGCCCCCCUCUGUGCACAGAGCUGUUUGGACGAGGCAGGCAAAGCGACUCCGCGCUGCAUGAAUGUUACACGCGAUUGGAAAGCGUCGCACUACCCGAGGGAGAGGCGUCAGACGAAUGUAAUUCUCUAAAUUAUUUUAAGGAAAAAAGUGGGUUUCUUUCUCUUUAAAACCAAAUGUUAAAUAUAUUCUCGGAUGUGCCUGAGGAGGCGGGAAUUUUAUAUUUUUCUUAUUUAACUAAUAUCUCAGUCCAGAACGCUUUAUCAAAACCGGUACGACUGUCUGAACCAGCCCCGUGGACUUCACAUAUCGGAUAGAAGGUGUACUGUAAUCACAGUUUGUCGGUGAAACAAAGUUUAUUUUGCAAUAAA